UUGACCAAUCAGGUGAGAGAAAACAAAUUUAAUACAGAAUCUGACAAGAAGAUGGAGGACGACGAUCUUGAAUACGAUAUCACCUUUCCUUCUCCAAAUUCUACUGAAAUAGGAGAAGAAAAUGAAGAGUGUUUUAACGACAGGAAGGAACCAGUUAUAAUUCUUCUAGGCUGGUUGGGUUGUCGUGAAAAGUAUCUGGCGAAAUACGGGCAGUUGUAUGAUCAAAGAGGCUGCAUCACCAUAAGAUACACAUCACCAAGAGAUGUAGCCUUCUUCAAUGUUGAGAGGCUAGACGAUGUUGCUUGUAAGCUUCUUGAUCUGCUCAAAGAUUACUCCAUCGAUGACAACCCUGUCAUGUUCCAUAUCUUCAGCAACAACGGCAGCUAUGUCUACUCCCACAUUGUGAAACUUCUUACCAGUGGGGAUGAAAGGUACAAGUUUGUGAGUGUAUGUGGUGUAAUCAUAGACAGUGCACCUGGAAAGCCAAGGUUUGUUAAUGCAGCCAAAGCCUAUGGUGCCAGUCUCCAUGUGAAUCCUGUUCUUAAAUGCAUGAUGAUGUUUGGACUACUGAUGUAUCUUGUUGUUAAUGGAUGGGCAGCAAAAAUAUGGAGCAUGCUAAACCCCAAAUACAAACAGAAAUCAAACCAUUUCUUGUUUGACAAUAUGGCCGAAGACCCAACAAGGUGGCCUAUGCUAUUUUUAUACUCAACUUCAGACAAGAUCGUACAUUACUAUGACAUUGAAGACAUGAUGAGCCAGAGACGAGCGUUGGGCGUUAACGUAAGCAGCGUAUGUUGGGACGAUACAGAUCACGUUUCUCACUUGCGAAAGCAUCAAGAGGAGUAUGAACAGGCUUGUGAGAAUUUUCUGGAAUACUGUGUGUCUGGGGCAGUCUCCAGUUUUGAUGUUGCCGGAGCGAUGAGUGGCUUAGAGGCAGACGAGGAGGAAGUGGAAGGUUUUGAGACGGAGGAAGAUUAUCUCCUUGCGAAAAAACAGUGACACGGAUAUUGUAUAUUAAACAUAGCAACGAGUAACAGCUACCCUGAUACAUAUCAGGCUUUGUUUCUAACAGGAAGCCUUAGUUUAGCUCUAUCGUUACAAGUAUGUUGUCGGCUGUAUCCUAUAAUUGGUUAUUGUUACCCUAGAAGCUGUACCAAAAUAGCCUUUUUUGUUAAAUGUAUAAGAAAAUCCUUAUCAAUAGUUGUAUAAAAAAAGCCUUUAUUGUUAGUUGCGUAAGAAAAGCAUUUAUUGUUAGUUGUAUUAGAGCCUUUGGUGGAUUGAGAAAAGCCUUAAUAGUUACUUGUAAAACAGAAUGCUUUAUUGUAAGUUGAAUAAUUUGAUAAAAGAGCUUGUUCUAUUAGUUGUAUUAGAGGAAACUUUAUGGUUAGUUGUUUAAGAUUUGCUUUAUUGUAUGCUUUAAGAGAUUAGAAUUUAUUGUAUGCUUCAACUGAAAGAGUUACCUGUAAUGUGCCAUUGGCUGGUGUGAUAAAAUGUAUGUUGUAUAAAAAAGCUUCAGUGUUAAUUAGCUUUUGAAUGUUAGCUGUGGAAAUUGCAUAAAACAUUCUAUUAAUGAUAAUUUGUAUUCUGAAAACAAGGUCAACACUUAAAAUAAACCUAAUUUAGAGUAAAUACAAAAUGAGUAAAUUGCAUUUUUUGCAAGAUUGCACAGAAUGGCAAAUGUAUUUUUCACUCUUUUAUUGUGAGAGUGGUCCAUCUUCGGUGUAGAAUCUAAAUGCAGUGCAGCUUUGUCAAAAAUUAUUUUAGUGCCAUAAAUGCAUUAUAUAUUGCCAAAUAGCAGUUUGUACUACAUUUUAAAAACUGCUUUGUGUGGAUAUAUAUAUUUCUGUGAUAUUCAGGUAUGUCUCGAUUUGUGUUGUAUCCUUUUCAACACUGCAUGCUCCUCUUAAGACACAGCCAUAACUAGUCUACAAUUAUAUUUUCUUAUUAAAUUGCAAACAAAAAUUAAAUUUUACAUAAGGUAUAUCUAAAAACAUUCCAUUAUACAUAUGUAUUUUUUUUUAUAGAAAGAUCUGUAGAUCAUAAAAGGAGGAAGACAUAUUUUUCAUCAGAUUGCAUGUGGAAUGAGCAAAGUGUUACAAAAUACAUUAAAGCAUUUAAAGUUUUCAGGAUCGGUGCUUCAUGCAGCAUUUAUUAUUUAAUUACAUCUUUAUUUUCAUCUGUGCUAAGUGUCUUCAGCUCCUUUAAAUAGCAUUUGAUAUUUGUCACUUUGUUAUAUUUUAUUAGCUUUUUAUUUAUCAUUUAGUUGAUGUAGCUUUUUAUGUUAUAAAUAUAUUUUUAUUUUCUCAGAAGUCAUUCAUGCUUCAUCCACUUGAAUAUUGCAUGUAAUGAAUAUAGAAACUCCUACACAUUAUAUGACAUAGUAAUACUAUUAAUGAUACAUUGUGUAAUUGAAAGCUUUUCAUGUAGAAUCUUGAGUAAGAACAUCAGGAAGAACACCACAUGUUUACGAUUUAAAAUUUUAACAUUGUAUCAAAUAUAUUGCAAUGUGUGUGAAUUAUAAUACUUUUUCUUUAUAAUUACUUACUGAUAUAUACAAUCUUCAGAAGUCAGAGCCUCCAUUAUCUACAAAAAACAACACUAGUCUGUCAAAAAAGUUAAGGAAACUUAAAUUGAAUGUUGUAAAUGUCUAGUCAAAUAGUUGUUUUUGUGUGUUCUGUGCAUAUCACAAUGCAUCGUAGAUGAUUCAUAAUACUUUGCAAAAACAGUUGCAUUGAAUUAUUAUAACGGUCUAUAAGUAAUAGCUACUGCACCCACAAGGUGAGCUAUUAAAAUUAUACAUGUUUGCUUCAGCUCGAGUGUAUAACUUCAACCACAUGCUAAGUGGGUGACAUAACUGUUUUGUGAGUGUGAGCGCAUGUGUGUUUGGUUGGUGGUCACCAAGCUGGACAUGUGGGUUUACUCCGGGUACUCCGGUUUCCCCCCACUAGCGUGCGUAUAAGUGAAUAGUGCUGUAAUACUUCUGCAUGCUGGAUACCAAACAAUUAAGCUCCUCCUUCUUUUUGCCGUUCCAAUAUGGGAGUUAAUGUAUAGGUGAAAACAAAGAAAACACUCUUCAAUGUUUUACAAUUCAAAAUUUCACAUAACCCGGUUAAACAAAGUUUACCAUAUAUUCAGAAUCAAAAAGUUUCCUUGAAUUCAUAAAAACACACAAUAAAACAUUGUCAAAUAUCACCAAACUUUCAUAUGACCAAUGAUUGGAUUGUUUUUUGUUAGUACAUGUAUUCAAAUUUCAAUAAUAUCUGUGGUUGUAGCGGAGGGGAUGGAAUCAAGUACUGUAAACUUACCUAGCAAUGAUUAAAGCAAUUAACCCUGCAUUCAUUAAAAUGAUAAACUACAUAUGGGUUAUUGAAACAAUUGCCCUACAAUGGUAAACAUGUUUCAUUCAUCAUAGAUGUAUGUGUCAGUCUAAAUGAAUCAUGACAAUGUGGCCAUCUACAAUCAUUAUGCUUACAAUGAGUUGAUAAUGAGGGACCAUACCAUUUCAAUGACACAGAAAUUAUCACUGGAUAAUAAUGAAGAACACAAACUCAUAUUUAUUCACCCGCAUUAUUAUGAUGAUAGAUUCUCAGUUUCUAUAAUUUUCAGUCGCAUACUGAUACAGUUUAGUACAUGCUAUGAAUAUUUGUGUGCUUUGCAUAUUAUGAUUACGGAAAAAGUACUCAAUAAGUAGCAAAAUAUAUGUUACUAACUAGAUUCGGAAAUCCCAAAGUGCACCAUUGUGUGAAUAAACCAUUCUAUUAUUCCUUGCAUCUGGGAUGUACUCUUCAUUUAAAUCUUCAGAUCUACUGGGUAAUCUUCCAGGCAUGAACAGAAAUCUUAGUUAUAAUUGUUGCACAUUUACUCAAAUAAUCUUGCCAUUUAAGGUCAUACUUACUUGAAUACUCCAUAUGCCAAGGUAGAGAUUACAAACCCAUUUAUCUGUAAUUUCUGUUAAUUUUAUUGUGAUAAUUCAUUACAAGAUUUGUUUUCUUUUUGUAAAGUGCUCAUUAAUAUUGCUUGAUUUAUGUGAACUUCUUUGAACAACUUUUACCGAUAUAUUUACUUCCAAAAAAAUAUUAUGGUCUAUGUUUUAAUAAGAAGUAGUAUGUGGAAUAGAUUCUGUUUUAUAGUAAGACCAGAUUUGAAUGAAAAAUUCUCUAGUAAGUUAUUUGUUCCUUUUUUUAGCUUUUCUGUUAAAAAAGCACAGGUAUUGUGUUAGCUUUUGUGGCCUCCUGUUACUGUAGCUGUAAUAAUGGUUGAGCUACUCCCCUUUUUCGACUGAACAAGAACACAAUCAGUAGAAAAUUGUCUUCUACUGCAGUGCUUUCAUUAACUUCAUCUUUAAGAUUAAGACAGUUAAUAUAGGCUUUAUUCAGGCUUUUGUUCUCAUUUAUAAAUGUUGGCAUUAGAUCUUGCAUACUUCUCUUAAUUGCUUUUGAUGUAGAAUUUUUGGCCUACUUGUUUUGAGCUUGAUGUUAUUAGGCUGUUAUUUGAAGUACAUUUGCAAGUUCUUGUUUCAGAUGUAUUUUUGUUUACUCUAAUAAAUUUGUAUCUUUUA